AUGCUCAACUGCUCCAUUCUCUGCCAGCACGAGCUGAGCGGCAGCCCCGAGGGGGGCAGUGGGGCGCCACGAGGAGGCGAGCCGGCGCUGCACAGUGCCAUCCGUCUCAUAAGAUGGGGGUCGGGUGGUCGUCAGGGAACCGUGCGCAAAAACAAGCGCAUUUCGGAUGCUGGAUUUGAUGCUUCCUUCAUGGAAAUGAUUGUGAAUCGCCUUACAGAAGGCGCGAGACCUUUCCUUGAGGCAGCGGAAUUUCCAAUAUCCACGCACCUGUGGCUAUUUGUGCAGGAGCCGUACCGCAGCGCUUGCUUUCAUCUUUUUGCAGGUACGGAUGAGUUGGUCGAGUACAUUCGACGGAAUGCUGUCCCCCUCCCGCAGCAGACGCAUGGCGAUGUGCCCACGAUGGAGAGACCGUUUUCUGCGUCGUCACCAUUGCCACCACAAUUAUCAUCAUCAUCAUCAUUAUUUUCAGAAGAUGCUGAGGCGGGAUCACAUGGUUUUAGUGCCUCCUUGUUCUCGUCGUGUCGGCUAUCACCGCAACGCGGCGUUAUGGUGCCUGAUGCAGCGCACUGCCCCACGUACUGGGUGGAUCUUCAGUGGGACGACGCAUCGCAGGUGGAUGCGCUGCUCGGUGCACUCGGUUUGGAGGCGGUGGGUGAAGAGGUGGUGAAUAUUACGGCCAUUGAUCACAUCGUAACAAAAGACUGGUGCAACGCUACUUUCGCCGUGCUGACGGGAUCGAUAAAGAGGGAGGAUAAGGAGGCUGCUGCUGCCACUGAUGCGGCCGAGGAAAAGAAGGAGAGUAGAAGGGGCGCUGGAGAUCUUGGGUCUUUGGGGACUGUGUGUGUGGACCCGAAAACCAGUGUGCCUGUGGUGUGCCUGGUGCUGAAGCAUUGGCUCAUCACCAUUCACUCUGCCGCCGUUGAGGAACUCGUUGGGGUCGCAAGGCAUGUUUACCGAAACUGUCGCAGUGGAUUCUUUGGCGGGAGUGAGCCCGUUGACCUCCACGCCGCGUCGGUUGCUAUGAUCCCGGUUGCACAUCGCUCUCAGUUAGGUGGAGGCCUCAGUUUUACCCGCUCGCCUGUCAAUAACUCCAUCUUUCGCCUCCAACAAUCCACUGUUAAGGCUCCGUUUGGGGGAGCCUCCUUCGUGGAGGAGGGCAUGUCUUUUAACCAACUGACACCUUUGCGGGUGUUUCUUCUUUUGAUGGAUGCCUCAGUUCGUAAAUUCUCUUCAAAUAUCCGCCUACUCUUGCGAGAGAUCGAUGCAUUGGAAAACGAUGUUUCUGCGGUGUGUGAUGUGGAUGGGCAAUCACGGGGGAGUGAAGACGAAACCAUGAAGUUGUUCAAUGCAUUGCAGAAGGACAUAUCUCUAUUAAAGCGUAAAGUUGGAAACGCCUCUGUGCGAUGCAAUAGAAAGGAGGAGGUGCUAUCGGCGCUUAUGAACCCUCGGCAAAAGGUGUCUUUUUUAAUGCAACAAGUUCACGACGUGGAGUUGUGCCAGUACAGCUACGAGAAGGUGCGCUCCUUGAGAGAAGAACUGAACCACCGGCGAGGUGUUCUCUCACGAACAGCAGAGACCUUGAAUGCUUCUAUCUCAUUAUGUAUUGCGAGGAACUCGUACUGUCUUCAAAAAAAUACGAUGCUGCUUCUUUCCGUGAGUGCGGUUUGGAACGUGCUUUUAGUUGUCGGCGGCUUGUUUGGUAUGAACUGCCCCGUUCCCUACGGAACGUCACCCGGGAGCACUAACCACAAUGCAUUCUAUGUACUGAGCUCUGUACCGAUGUUAUGUCUGCUGAUCCACCUCGUCGUGAUAGCGGCAGACUUCCGACGCGUGUGGAGAGGAUAG